AUGGUUGCUUAUGAGAAAUCAUGAUGUAGUUGUCAGACCAGCAGUCCGUCGUGCAUAUGAUCUAGAUCAGCAGGAGCGAGAUGUAAGUCUGCUCGAGUACUAUCAUAGUUGUACUUACAACCUCGUCUAACUCUUUCCCGGUGCACAGACAAACCUGAUUCCUGGUGGACCGAGCAACGCUGUAUUUGCAGCUGGUGCUAACACUGCUGUGGCUGCUAACAACAUGUCAGCUACUAACAUUAUGACUAGAUCAUGAUGAUUUUAUUUAUAAGUCUAGGUAACAAACUUUGACUAGUACUGACUAGAUGAUGAUGAUGAUGAUGAUGAUGAUGAUGAUUUUAAGUAAGUAAGAACAAACUUCGAGAAGAUAGAUGUUCAUCUUGUUGUCUCACUGGAUUUUCGAAGCGCCAGAACAACAUAAUUGAUGGCGUUGAACUUGAAUUCCACCUUCCUCUCUCCACGAAUCCUCUUUCAUAAACCUGUUCAAUCCGCUGAGCGCUGGUGGUCAAGCGCAGCUGAAUGGCAUGGCUGCUGGGGCUCAACUGAAUCCGCAAUGUUAUGGAUCACAUUGUACAACAACGCGUGUUAGAUUCAAAAAAAGAAUGUCUACAUGAGAAUGUGGGCCCACUCAAAUAACAGCCUAACUACUCCUAAAUGUUAAUCACAAAUAGACUCUUCAAGUACUCCAUGGACGUGGACCACUAGCUACAACAAGAAACACAUCAUGCUGCCAGGGAAACCCUGCACAGUGUCUAACCUCACCUUGCCGGUUUGAACCCUUUUGCUGUUAACCCGUUCUCCCCGUCCGCUACGGGUCUCAACCCCUUCGCCUCCGGCCUUAACCCCUUUGCUGCUAUGCCGGGAAUGCCCUACGGUGCUCAACCUGGAAUGCCAGGUACUCGUAUUUCACUGACUUGAAUAAAUAAGCUGCGAGUUUUACUGUAAAAAAUAAACUACAAGGGGUCCUUUUUUAGUUUUCGUUUUUAAGGCAGAAACCAAGACGGCAAACUCUUUUAGGUGGAUUUUUUGUUUCCGCUAGAGGUGUAGACGGCGGAGUUUUUGUACUAUUCUUUUUCUCCUUUUCCGCAAGGAUCUAGUAAUUUGGAGUUGUAGUACUUGUACUUGUACUUCCUUCGUCCACCACUACGCAGAAUAAAGAAUUACGAGGCAACAAAAAAGCAAUUUAACAAGAAUUACGAGGCAACAAAAAAGCAAUUUAACAAAUAGACCAAGAAAACCGUCCUUCUCUCACAACAACACACAGAGGGCGCAGCGUAUGACUUCUUUGGUAUGGGCGGAGACUAUCUGUUGCCAGGUGCGGAACUGGAGAAGACAGCCUAAAGGAAGUGUUGGGGAUGCCAAUAAUCCUUGUGCGAAGGAAAUAAGAUAUAAUAAUACAGAGGUCAGUCACAACUGUCUCCUCCUCCUGAUAACACUGGCUGAGUGCUUCUAGGCCUCCUCCUGAUAACACUGGUCGUUAGGUGCUUCUAGGUGGUAGGUAGAUAAUAUUAUACAUAGAUAUAGUUUUGUACUUCUGUGCAAGAAUCUGGAAAACCUGCUAAUUAAGUACUACAACUGCUAGUUGAUUUUUCGAUGAUGAACUAGUGGAAAUAAUUAUUCUUUUCCUCUUUUUUUACAUCAUUUACAACGAACAACAAAAUAUUUGAAAUUUAGAAGUAGUACUAGACAAAGAACUAAGUGCGAAUUUAGAUUUCUAAAAUGAAAUAUGUCCACCUCAGCUCAUCUCCGUUGAUAGAGCAAGUACAGAUACGAUUGCCAAAAAUUGAAUGCUUACUCCGGUUUUCUAGCUAGAAACUAAAUUUGAACAAUUUGAAGACCAAGAAUCACAAUACGCUAUUAUAACCUCAGCUUGAUGAUGUUCACCUACCUGAAUCUGGAGUACUCAUGAACUAUUGCUACACACGACUGCCAUUGACCUGUCUAAUUGUGCCUGCCUUGUUCUUCUUACAGUAGUACAUAGAUAGUAACCCAUUGCCCUCCUUCGAUUCACUGAAAUCACCGCCCCUCUUCCAGUACAUACAACUAAACCACGUAAAACUACAUCAGACCUACCAGACACCCACGCCCUUUGCCAACCUUCUUGCCUUUUUUCGCCUACUGCUGACAAUCCCAUAGCUACGCAUAACUCAGAGACAGACUAAUGCCUACCUGUUGUUGGCUAUUGCUCUCAUACUAGCAAUAGCUUGACAAUAGUCGACCUAAAAAACUUGAAACUUGAAACCUAGCUGGAGAGGCUCGAAUAGGUUCAAGGCGAGGGCAAUCAGUGGGUCCGCCUCCUAGCCGCGCCUUCCGCCCGGACUGUGAUGCCGAACAGAUCUGUACGCCACUCCUCGUGACGUCGGCGCGCCUGCUAUCAUAAGAGUUGGACGGUUGGCGGCCGGUGGAGGUUUCUAUGACACAACUAAUCCCCUCCUUUGCCCCAAGGUUUGAUCCGAUUAAAGUCGGCGGGUUCGUAGGCAAUUAGUGCACCGUAGUAGAAGGAGGCUAAUGGACUCCACCCGUCGCCGGCAGGCACGCCGGAUAUCGCUGGGAUCACCCUUCCGGCGGUAUUAGCCUACAAAAAAAAAGAUCGAGACCCUUGGGCUUGAACUUGAACUACUGCUAAGUGCCCUUCUUGACCUUCGAAUUAUAAGUACUUUUAGUUGUUACAGCGUUGACGGAGCAACCAAAGAUGAGGCCUCUUAAUGAUUCUUUUAAUGUAGUGUAGUUUCUUUUCUCGGACUUUUCAUACGACCAACCGACGACGACGUAUGAACGUACAGUAUCAGACAGUCCCACUUCUAUUGAACCACGCAAUGAAUUCCAAUGUCGUUGGUCGUUGUAUUCAUCGUCGUCUUUCUUAAUGUAAUCAUUUUUCAUCUUAAUUUCUCGUGGUUCUACCUGUUUUCAUCUCAUCCGCUUGUUCGUCGUAGUAUCAACAAAUGAUCCAGUAGUUGUUGUUCGAGGUUGUGUAAGUACGUUUUGUUCUGCUUGGGGGGGAUUUUUUUUUUCUAUCAAAGAAAAAGUACUUCGGAGGUUCCACAAAAAAAAGCCGUCAAUGUUAUGUUGUUCUCGUUCUUGUGCUUGCACAUGCACGUAGAACGACCGCAGCUCCAAAUGAUUACUUAUGACUGUUGUUCAAUCGAUAGUCAAAAUUUUUCAGCACUAUUGACUUGUACCCAGGUGUAAAACGAUGACAUUCAAAACCACUAUGAGUGACAACAAGAAGACGCAACGUAAAAAAUUAUUCCGUCUUCUCUCUUAUUCUUGUCAUUACUCAUCCCAUGUCAGAGCGCCAUUUUUGACGAUGCUUUCACAGCAAGUGAAAAUGUUCGUUCUUCCACUCCUACUAAUACCAUUAAUGGUGUAAUCACGCUUCACCUCUUCAUCGAAACUUCUCUUUGUCAGUUCUUGAUAUGAUCUAUGAACAAAAGAAGUCAGAGCCUUGAUAUCUUGAUUGCUUCACCGCCCUAUUGUUGUCACUUUGUUGUUUGUAUCAUUUGUUAUUGAACGAUUUCGACUGCGUCUUGAAGAUGCCUUAAAGUUGAAGGUUAGAAUGAUUCCUUGUUAGUCAGACAGAUGAACAAAUUCUGAAUGUUGGUUUUGCUUUGAUGUUGGGUGUCAAUGAACUACUUACAACUAUGUACUAGAAAGACCUACGUACGAUCUACUUACUUUUUAUGAACAACUACAUCAUCACAACGUCUAUGAGUUCGUCUUUGAUUGGAGGGUAGGGUAAGUGUAGAUAUUGAACCAACUGUUUAGAGAUUGAUGUAAAUACUUCUUCGAACUAAUCUUGGUUGUACUUGUUGAUAACCUACUAAAAAUCUCUCAUCACGACCAUCAUUUCGAACAAAAUGAUCUCGUUCGCCCUGUAAAUACUCGUACCCGUUCGUUGUCAUUAUAUUUGUUGAAAUGAUUUCCUUUCUUCACAAGACCACUCAAAGUACAAUAGAGACCUACUCAGCGAGCUAGAAGAAGAACUUUGCAAGAAUUCUGAACUCUCUUGCAGAUUCCUUGUUCAACAAGUUUGUAAAAAAAAUGCUCGUUUACAGAAGCUGUUCAGAUGCCUUGAAUCUUAAAUGUAACACGUCUUUGUAAUACCUACCGCGAAUAGAUUUCCUUUUUUACAAUACACUAUGUACUAUUACUCUCAGCUGCACCACAAUGCCCAAGAAUGGAU